AUGGACGGCGCCGGCCGCGGGCAGGAGGCGGGAGGCGGCGCUCCCGCGGAGCCGGGGGGCAGCGGGGCCGCGGCGCAGGGCGCCGCGGAGGCCCCGCCGAGAGCCGCAGGCGCCGCCCGGGAGCCGCCGAGGAGCCCCGAGGCGCCGGCCCUGGACGGCUUCCUGCUGCGCCACUCCAACACGCUGACGAACCGGCAGCGGGGCAACGAGGUCUCUGCCCUUCCCGCCACGCUGGACACGCUGUCCGUUCACCAGCUGGCAGCCCAAGGGGAGCUCGGCCAGCUGAAGGAGCAUCUUCGCAAAGGUGAAAAUUUGGUAAAUAAACCCGAUGAGAGAGGCUUCACGCCGCUGAUCUGGGCUGCUGCCUUCGGGGAGAUCGAGACCGUCCGUCACCUGCUGGAAUGGGGCGCUGACCCCCACGCGCUGGCCAAGGAGCGGGAGAGCGCCCUGUCCCUGGCCAGCAUGGGCGGCUACACGGACAUCGUCGUCCUGCUGCUCGAGAGGAACGUGGACAUCAACAUCUACGACUGGAACGGCGGCACCCCCCUGCUCUACGCCGUGCGAGGCAACCACGUGAAGUGCGUCGAGGCCCUGCUAGCUCGCGGUGCCGACCUGACAACGGAGGCGGAUUCUGGCUACACUCCCAUGGAUCUGGCCGUGGCCCUGGGACACAAGAAAGUCCAACAGGUUAUUGAAAAUCACAUCCUGAAGCUGUUUCAGAGCAAGGCGCUGGCGUGACGUGGUUUGUGCUGCCCUUGGCCGAUGCCAAGGCUCUUCUGUGCGGCCACGGCGGCCCCYGAGGCAGCAGCAGAGCGAAGCUUCCAGCAAGAAGCAGGAGGAGGAAGCGGGAACCAUCUGCUCCAGACGGAUGGCGCCUCUCCCGGAGGGCGGCUCAGCCCCGGAUUCGGCACCUUGUACCCGGAGCCACCACUUCCGUGGGGCUCCUGCUCCUGYUGUGCCCGGGCACGGCCGCUUUGUGCACACGGGUGUUCAGG